GUUUCGUAGUAUAAAGUGGAAGAAGUCGCAUUUCUCUUGCUGGAUUCAAUCAAUUUUCUCUCUUCCAAAAAACUUUUUUUUUGUUUGCUUUGUUUGAUUUAAUACCCACCAAUCAUCGCUCCUUCUCCGAUUUUCUUCCUUGCCCCUCUUCCCAUUUCGGAGUUCCUACAAGUAACGUGUGUCACUUAAGGAAGUACUUGGACUGUAUGAGUUUCCAAAGUUGAUUUUUCCAUCUGACAUUGCAAUUCAGAUAGUAAUCAUGACUUAUCUGCAAGAGAAAAUUGUGAGGUUUCAGGACUGGAAUUCAGAUAAAACUUCAAGGGGUUUAUAUUCUACAGAUAACACUUUAAAUUCUGGAAAGAAUGGGACAAGGGCCGACUUAGUUUCAGAAAAACCUCACAAAGGCUUGGAUACUGGUUCUUACAGGACUAAUAGAAUUAAGAAAUCCUUGAAAUCAUCUUCUUUCAAUAAAUUUAUGUCCAGAGGUUUUGGAACCGGAAAAAAAGUACUUGACCCACAGGGGUCUUUUCUCCAAAAGUGGAAUAAGAUAUUUGUGCUGUCUUGUAUAAUUGCAGUCUCGUUGGAUCCUUUGUUCUUUUAUGUCCCUGUGAUUGAUGAUGAGAAGAAAUGUCUGGGGCUGGACACGAAGAUGGAGAUUACAGCUAGUGUGCUGCGUUCUUUCACAGACAUAUUUUAUAUUUUACAUAUUGUUUUCCAAUUUCGUACGGGAUUUAUUGCUCCUUCUUCUCGAGUAUUUGGAAGAGGUGUUUUAGUUGAAGAUGCUUGGGCAAUAGCAAAGAGAUAUCUGUCAUCGUACUUUCUGAUUGACAUUCUUGCAGUCCUCCCACUUCCACAAAUAGUGAUUCUGAUCAUUAUUCCAAAAAUGGGAGGCCCGAGAUCGUUGAAUACCAAGGACUUGCUGAAAUUUGUUGUUUUUUUCCAAUAUGUGCCUCGGUUUCUUAGAAUCUAUCCUUUAUAUAAGGAAGUUACAAGAACUUCUGUACUCACUGAAACUGCAUGGGCUGGAGCUGCAUUUAACCUCUUUCUCUACAUGCUGGCAAGUCAUGUCUUUGGAGCAUUCUGGUACUUGUUUUCUAUAGAACGGGAAACUACAUGCUGGCAGAGGGCUUGUCAUAAUCACACUGGUUGUGUUCCUACUUCACUGUAUUGUGAUGUCAAACCAGGAAAUAACUCAUUUUUGAAUAGCUCGUGUCCUAUACUAGAUGAAGACAAAACAGUUUUUGAUUUUGGAAUAUUUCUUGAUGCUCUCAAUUCUGGUGUUGUGGAGUCCAUGGAUUUUCCACAGAAGUUCUUUUACUGUUUCUGGUGGGGUCUGAGAAAUCUAAGUUCCCUGGGUCAAAAUCUCCAGACAAGCACAUACGUAUGGGAAAUUUGCUUUGCUGUUUUCAUCUCCAUCUCUGGCUUAGUACUGUUUUCAUUUCUCAUAGGGAACAUGCAGACAUAUCUGCAAUCAACCACCACAAGAUUGGAAGAAAUGAGGGUUAGAAGGAGGGAUGCAGAACAGUGGAUGUCCCAUCGUUUACUCCCCGAGAGCCUCCGAGAGCGAAUCAGGAGGUACGAACAGUACAAAUGGCAGGAAACAAGAGGUGUUGAUGAAGAGAAUCUGGUUCGAAAUCUUCCCAAAGAUCUCAGAAGGGACAUAAAACGCCAUCUCUGCUUGUCUCUGCUAAUGAGGGUACCCAUAUUUGAAAAAAUGGAUGAACAAUUGUUGGAUGCAAUGUGUGACCGUCUUAAGCCGGUACUAUACACGGAAGAAAGUUACAUUGUUAGAGAAGGAGACCCAGUAGAUGAGAUGAUCUUCAUUAUGCGAGGCAAGUUGUCCUCUGUGACUACAAACGGUGGAAGAACUGGUUUCUUUAAUUCUGAACAUCUCAAGGCGGGCGAUUUCUGUGGUGAAGAGUUACUGACAUGGGCUCUGGAUCCACAUUCCUCGUCCAAUCUGCCACUUUCGACGAGAACUGUUCUAACCAUUUCUGAAGUUGAAGCAUUUGCUUUAAAGGCCGACAACUUAAAGUUUGUAGCCUCACAGUUCCGACGGCUUCACAGCAAGCAGCUGCGGCACACUUUCAGGUUUUAUUCGCAGCAAUGGAGAACAUGGGCAGCGUGCUUUAUACAAGCAGCAUGGCGUCGAUACAGCAGAAAGAAGCUCGAACAGUCUCUCUUGGAAGAAGAGAACAGGUUGAAAGAUGCAUUGGCCAAGACAGGUGGGAGUUCUCCUAGUUUAGGUGCCACCAUCUAUGCAUCCAGAUUUGCAGCGAACAUCCUUCGAACAAUUCGACGUACAAGUUCUCGGAAGGCCAGGAUACCGGAGAGAAUACCGCCAUUGUUGCUGCAGAAACCAGCAGAGCCUGAUUUCACCUCUGAGGAGAAUAGUUGAUAGAACAAAGGUAUUUCUUGCAUACAUAAUUGAUGUCUAUUCUAUUCAUCACUACUAGUUGGCAUUCAGAAUGUGAGAAUGUUUCUGCCACUGUAUCAUUAAUAGCUUGAUAGCCACCUGAGGUCACAAUUAGGCAGAAUCCCAAGCAAAUGGUCAUUUUGCCUGAACUACAAGUUUAUCUGGGAUCACUGAUAGAUGCCUGGCUGCUGAUCUCAUGCUGUUGAGUUCGCUACGAGUUCGUCGAACAAGAUUUGUGAAUAUUUAUAAUUGUAACUGUAAAAUGGUCAGUGCCGUGUAGGUCGAUGUUUUUCUUUGUAUGAUGGUCUUUUUUUUCUCUCCCCCUCUUUUAGAAGAUCACAUUAGUAGGUUUUUUGGGUUUCAGUAAGAUUUUAGUCAAUUGUAUGACUUCCAUUCCCUGUAAAUGUCCUGCAACUUCUGUUCUUGAUCUGCAAACUCUCUCUGGUAAUGUAAUAGAUGAAGUUCAGUUCUCCAAAAGAAUUGGAUAUA